CCCACCAGAGCUGAGAAAGACCAAUUGGUUUAUCUACAACCCUCACAACAGCAUGCUUAUAAAAUUCACAGGAUUAAGCCCUAGAACCGAAAAUAUUUUUUUUGUGACAACUUUGCUGUCUCUGUGCAGCAGCGGUUCCAAUUUAAGCAGCUGAGUUCUGCUGAACUUUUUUGUUUAAAAAAAACAUCAGCACUGUAAAGAGGAAGUAUUUCAGAAAAAAGACAAGCAGGGUUAAGUGCGUCUGCAGGCUUUUUUAAAGUCAUUUUUCGGUCUGUCCUUUCACCGAUAAUGAUACAAGCACCCUAUGCAUCAGCCAUGAGGAGCAUACAACAGAGAAACCUUUACUUGACCCUGGUCUCUGUACUCUGGACCUCUUCUUUGCCUGCUGCAGAUGCUCAAAUCAGAUUAGCUGGAUCUACUCAGUGCUCUGGAAGAGUUGAACUCUUCUAUGGCAGUACCUGGGGAACAGUAUGUGAUGAUGACUGGGACUUAAGAGAUGCUGAGGUGGUGUGCAGACAGCUGAGCUGUGGGAAGGCACUGAGUGCUCCUGGAAGUGCCAGUUUUGGUGAAGGAGCUGACCCAAUCUUGCUGGAUGAUGUGGCCUGUUCAGGAAGUGAACGUUCUUUAACUGAGUGUCAAUCCAGCGAAAUGGGAAAACACAACUGUGAACACAGUGAGGAUGCUGGCGUGGUCUGCUCAGGUACUCAGAUCAGAUUAGCUGGAUCUACUCAGUGCUCUGGAAGAGUUGAACUCUUCAAUGGCAGUACCUGGGGAACAGUAUGUGAUGAUGACUGGGACUUAAGAGAUGCUGAGGUGGUGUGCAGACAGCUGAGCUGUGGGACGGCACUGAGUGCUCCUGGAAGUGCCCUUUUUGGUGAAGGAGCUGACCCAAUCUUGCUGGAUGAUGUGGCCUGUUCAGGAAGUGAACGUUUUCUAACUGAGUGUCAGUCCAAAGAAAUGGGGGAACACAACUGUCAACACAAUGAGGAUGCUGGUGUGAUCUGUUCUGUUAGCCUCCCUAAGCCCAGCAUCUCCAUGAUACCUGUUGGUGAGGUUACCUGGGGUCAGGAUAUCGUCAUCAUUUGUUCCAUCACAGUUGAGCUUCUAGGUGGCACAUUCACUCUUCAGAAAAUCCCAGGCUCAUUCGCAGUGACCCAAACACCAAGUUCCAACUCUGCUACGUUCAACAUUAUUCAAGUUGACUUUGAAAAUGAUGGAUCCUAUCAGUGUCAGUACGAGAAAAGCAUUUCAAGUCAAAAUUUCACCUCCGUCCUAAGUGACCCACUCAGACUCUCCAUCACUGUGAGACUGCAACAGCCGAGUAUCUCUCUCACAUCUCCUAACAGAGGGCUGGUCUGGAGUCCUGAAGGUGCAGAGGUCACCAGGGGUUACCGCUUUGUCCUCAUCUGCUCCAUUAACUGCAACUAUCCUGAGGGCCAGUUCUUUCUCAUCUCCUCUGACUCAACCAUUGUUGCCGCAAAGCGAACAGUCAACCACUCGGCCUCCUUUGACUUCCCUGUAGCUGAUUAUAAACACCAGGGCAACUACAGCUGUGUGUAUGAGGUCGAACUGUCUACAAGGAGAUUUAAUUCUACUGAGACUGGACCAAUCAGCGUUAUCAUUAAAUUGUCUCUGUUGCUGAUGGUGUCCUCAGUAGCUGCUGGCUUCCUGCUGCUGCUGCUGCUGCUGCUGCUGCUGCUGGUGGUGGUCUGUCUGGUCUGCAGGAGAAGAAAACGAGCAAAGCAGCCAACCCUUGUCCACAACAAAUUGGCUGUCAGAGUGGGAAAGUAUUGCAAAGAUGAUGAAGAUGAUUAUGUAAAUAUAAAUUCAAUGGAAACCAAGAAGAAUCUCAAAGAGGAAACAGUGGAUGAGGACAAUAUUUAUGAGGAACCAGAGCGAUUUGAUGAUCAUGAUUCUGAAGAAGUAGGCCUAAAUUCACGUUUGAGAAAGGACAAGGGGGUCUGUUUCAAUGAAGAUGAAAACAGACAAGAGGAAGAAGAAACCAGUGAAGAAGAAGAUGACUAUGAAAAUAUUUGAAAACUGCAGACUGUAAUUACAGUUUAUGUCCAUAAGAUGUCAGACGCUGCUUACAUUCUAGAGAUGUGUGAAUACUCUCCUGACUGCACUGUACUCUAUGUGAAGUCAUUGGAACAAAGGAUUUCUUAAGGCAGGUAUUUUUAGUUUUCAUGUAAAAGAGAUACAUUAAUCAGUAUUAUGCACUUGUAUUUAACACUUUUCAAAGGGCACCUGAAAUAUUUUCAAACGUAAAGUAUAUUCCUCCUCACAACAAGCUAACAGAAUUUUAGUUUGUAUCCAUAGUGGACUGUAUCACUUUUUUAGAAAACACCCUUUAUAUUGAAUAUAUAGUUGUAAAAAAAUGGUUAACAUUUUUUCAGCUUUAUUCUAUUUAAAGAAGAAAAAAAACUAAUUUCACUUAUUUGAAAUUGAGAGAUUAAAAAAACAUUUCUUGCACAGAUUCACUAAUUAAUAUUUGGUUCACUUAAUUGAAGGAGAAUCUUCACUCAUUUCUGACACAUCCCAUAAAGUAACCUAAGAACAUGA